ACACGCUCCAAAUGAUUGUGAGCACCUUCUUGGCCCCUAAGCCUGUUAACAGCCGUCCUCUCACUGCACAAACUCCCCACUUCAGUCGCCACAACGGAGCUAUACUCCGGCGGAAGAUGGCCCCCAUUCCCACCACCAAGCUCUACGCCAUCGCUCCCCUCAAUGAGAUUCUUGGGGAGCUUCUUUGAUUUUCUAUGGAUGAACCAAAAACCAAGCGCUUACAAAGUAGCUAGCUUUGCUACUCCGAUGCCGAGCUUCGCAUUCCAGUAAAGCCCAGUGUGGGGCUUCUUGGCGGUACUGGAGCAGCUGUAAUCGCCGCUGGGAGCGUGACGAAGAGUGUACGCUGUUGUCGCAGGGGCGCAGUUGACGGGCAGUCGCUGUCGAUAUGUAUCUCUUCCACGCUAUGGAGAGCAGGGGAUUCGAAGCUGCU